AUGGGGGAUAAGACCUGGGGUCUGUAUGGGGUCCCUAUGGGGCUCUGUGGGGUCUCUAUGGGGCUCUGUGGGGUAUCUAUAGGUCUCUAUAGGGUGUAUGGGUCUUUAUGGGUCUGUCUAUGGGUCUCUAUAGGUCUCUAUGGGGUUUAUGGGUCCUUAUGGGGGCUCUAUGGGUCUCUAUGGGGUAUCAAUGGGUCUGUAUGGGGUCCCUCUGGGUGUCUGUGGGGUAUCUAUGGGUCGCUCUGGGUCCCUAUGGGUCUCUAUGGGGUAUCAAGGGGUCUGUAUGGGAUCCCUCUGGGUCUCUAUGGGUCUCUGUGGGUCUCUGUGGGGUCUCUAUGGGGUCUCUAUGGGUCUCUGUGGGUCGCUAUGGGUCGCUCGUGCAGGCGGGACGGGUUCCUGUCCUUCCACACCUCCCGGUACCGGCUCCAUUACUACGAGACCCCGAGCGGGCUGCGCCUGGUGCUCAACACGGACCUGGGCGUGAGCAGCGCCCGCGAGGCCCUGCAGCACAUCUACAGCAACCUGUUCGUGGAGCUGGUGGUGAAGAACCCGCUGUGCCCCCCCCGCGCCCCGGUGCAGAGUGAGCUCUUCCGGGCCCGCCUCGACGCCUUCAUCCGGGGCCUGCCCUUCUUCGCGCCGCGCCCCGCCUGAGCUCACAGCGCCCCCUGCUGGCCCGGCGGUACCCUGCGGAGG